GUUAACCUUAAAAUUAAAUUUAAAAAUAAUGUUCAAAAGUGGUACUGCAACAAAGAAAAAUGAUGAAUCUGACUAUUCAAAUGUAAGAAUUUCGAUCUUAAAUUGAUAGAGAAAUGCAUCACCUAGUUAAAAUCAAGAUCGUAUCAAUGAAUUGAACCGAGUAUUACAAGGAUUAUCAACUAAUGUUAAAGAUGACAAAGUAAUUGAUAAUUAAUAAUUAUUUUAGAGCAGAAGAGAUUUAUAUUUUCAAAAAAUUAAAUUACUUGAAGAGAGAAUUCAAAAAGGAGAGAUUAAUGAUAAUUAAAAAUUUAGAGUAUUUUUCUAUAUUAAUUAUUUUAGUUGUUAUAUGAAUAAUAUGAAAAAUUGGAAGAAACAUUAUUUAGCGAAAGAGAUUAAAGAUAGGUGAUUUUUAAGAUUAUUUUAGUUAAUUUGUGAAAAAAGUUUAAAAUCAUUAACUUUAAUUGAAAAGAAUUUUUCACUUUCUUUGAAUGAAGAAUAUUCUAGUCGAAAAGUAAAUGAAUAAGAAAUUUUUGCUGAAAUUGAUGAUAAAAUAUAAGCAAUGAAAGGAGAAUUAAAAAAGGAUAAUGUUCAAAGAACAGAAUAUGAAGAAAAGCAAAUUGAAAAUAUUGAAAAAGAGCUUGAAGAAUUAAGAUAUUAUUUUGAAUAAGAAAAAUAAAUAAGGGAUUAAAAUGCUGAAAAAUUGAUAAGAGGAUUUGGAGAAGAAAUUCUUAGAUUAUAAGAAUAAUUAAGUGAAGAAAAAAGAAUCUCAGAAGAGUCUUAUGAAACAACAAUAAGAUUAUUAUAAGACUUAGAUUAAUCAAUUUAAAAUGAUUUAGAAGUAAAAUAUAUUUAUGAAUUAUUUUUAGUAAGAAUAAUUUUUAAGAGAGAAAUAAGAAAAAUCUUUAUUAAAACUUUUAGAAUCGACAUGUUAAAAGAUUGAAUAGUCUUUAUUAUCAUGA